AUGACUAAAGGGAUCUUGAGAAACAAAAACGAAGCUGAAACAAUUGACCACAGCGGCGCCCUCGAGGCCGCUGCGGAGUUGGACCGUCAGGAGGUUAUCCGCAACACCAGGUUGAACGCCCUGUUGACCUCGCCCAAGGAGAAGUCAAAGGGGGACAUCCUCAGGGAGAAGAUUGCCGAGCAGAAGUCCCACCUGAACGAAGGUGGCGCUGCCCCAGUAGGAGAGCAUUUGAAGUGGGAUGAAUUGAACUUGUACAAGACCGAGCAAGAGAAGUGUUCCACUAUGAAGAUCGAUGAGCCCAAGACCCCAUACGAAGGCGGCUUCAACCCGAACGGGGAGUACUACAAGGAAGACGAGGAUGAAGAUAUCCCUGGGUUCGAAUUGGGCGAGGGUGAAUUCGACCAGGAAGCUGCAAAUAAAGAGUCGUCGAUGAACGGUGGUGAGAUAAUAAGGAAUGAAAACCCCGAAGAGGGAGAAGAAGAGGAAGAAGCCGAAGAGGUUGAAGAAACGGCAGAAGAAAGGCACAAGAGGUUCGAAGAGAUGAGAAAGCAGCACUACCACAUGAAGGGGAAUGCCUUACACCAAGGAAUACAGAUCUCUGACGACGAGGACGAGGCGUAA